UCACCUACAACGGCACUGUUCACGUACACAGAGAGUGCCAGGUGGGUCCGGUUUGGUUAUAAUCCAACGAGAAGCCGGAGCCUCAGCGACAAUGCGAGAUCCCGCAUAAACCAUCCACGGAUCCACCCCUCGUUCACGCGGCGGGCCUGCGAUUCUACCCCCCUUCGCACUACUCCUUCCCGCCGCAAAACACCUCUGCCUCGCCGCCGUCGCCGGCGAAGAUGAUGUCCGGCGGUGGGUACUCCGCCCUCGACGACCCCAAGGCCUCCGGAUCCGUCCCGGCGGCGACGGGGCCGGAUCCGCCGGCCAUCAGGUUCGCCGACUCCAACCUCCAGACGUUCCCGCCGUCCGAGGCCAGGGGCAAGAUCUCCGGCGCCUACCGCCCGCCCACCGACGCCGACGACACCUUCUCUUCCAAACCCGGGGGAGGAGGCAGCGGCGGCGGCGGUGCCAGAGGCAGCGGUGCGGGGUCCGACGACGCCGGGCAGGGCGGCUGGUUCCGGAUGUUCUCCGUGGCGGCGUACAAGCCCUACUUCGACGUUGACACCGCCGACGUCGUCGAGAGGAUCUGGGAGUCCGUCUUCCCCUUCCGCGGCACCUUCACCGAAAAGACCUCCGAGAACCCCGACCUUUAUGGGCCAUUCUGGACGUCCACCACCUUGAUUUUCGUUGCUGCAUCCAUUGCCACUUUCGUCACCUACCUAUCGCACAAAUGGCACAAGAAGGAGUGGAACUAUGAUAUUAAUUUGGUUACCUGGUCUGCUGGCUUAUUCUAUGGCUACGUGACGUUUGUUCCCCUUCUCUUAUAUGUUAUUCUUAAGUACUUCUCAGCACCUGCUGGACUGGUGCAACUGUGGUGCCUUUAUGGAUACUCCUUGUUCAUCUUCAUUCCAGCAUCGCUUCUGUCAAUUGUGCCGAUAGAAAUAUUCAGAUGGGUGAUUGCUGGUGUCGCUGGUUUUAUGUCUGCUACCUUUGUUGCUGUGAAUCUCCGGGCUCACAUUGUAAAUGCUGGCGAGCGUUGGUUCCUGAUUGUUGCAGGAAUAUUCUUGUUGCAGUUGGGACUGGCUGUUUUGCUGAAACUCUAUUUCUUCACGAUAACUGUAUAGGAUAACUGCAUCUGUGCUUGUAUUAGUCAGGAAUGAAUGCAAACAGUUUUCCAGGUUCAA